UGUGUUUAUAUGCCGCUAGCUCGAUCCGCGCGCGGCGCUCGUGCCAAGACGAGCUCGAGGAGCCAGACAAGACGCGCGGAGACGCGCCACUACAUUGCUUUGCAGCCCUGCGCCGGCGACGCCAGCCGCCGAGGCCGACACAUCGCAGUAGAGACACCACAGGAGAGAGGCUAGCCAACAGCUGCGCGCGCCGAGAGACGGAUGACCUUCUCCGAGGCCGAGCGCGACCACCAGCGCGCGCGCGAGCUGCGCACCAAGGAAGACGGGUCCCAGCAGAAGCGCGCGAAACGCGCGGCCAAGGCAAAGAAGAAGAGCGACAAAAAGGCCGCGAAGCGCGCCGCGAAGCGCCUCAAGCGGGACAAGAAGAAGCGGAAGGCGGCGCCCGAACCUCAAUCGUCGUCGUCGAGCGCGUCGGAGGACGAUGAGGAUGAGGACGAGGACGCCGCGAUCGAGCGCGAGCGCGCGGCGCGGCGCGAGCGCGCGGCGGCGGCCGAGGCGCGCGCCCAGGAGCGGGCCGAGAAUCCUGCGCCGGCGCCGGCGUACUACACGGUGCUGGACAUUGGUUCCGCAUCGAAGCCGCAGGACGCCGCGGCCAUCGCGGCGGCGGCGCUGCUGCCUCCGGAAGUUCCGGAGUCGUGCGUCAUCCGGCCGCGGUCGCCCUUGCGCGUCGAGGGCCCGGCGGCGCCGCCGGCCCCGGCGUACGAGGGGCCCGCGCGGCCGCCCGCGGAGGGCCCGGCGCCGCCGCCCCGGCCCGCGGGCCGCGGGCUCGGGGCGACCAAGCCCGCCUGGAUGACCCAGGGGACCGCCGCGCCCGCUCCGGCGCCUGCGCCCGCGCCCGCGGCGGCGAACCCGUUCGCCCCGCCGGCGUCGUACGCAGCUCCGACCGGCGGCCGCGGCCGCGGCGCCACGAUGCCCGCCUGGAUGACCCAGGGCACGGCCGCGCCCGCCGCCGCCGCGCCAGCCCCGGCCGCAUUUGCUCCGCCAGCGUCGUACGCGCCGGCACGCGCCGCCGCCGCGCCGGCCCCGGCCGCCUUUGCUCCGCCAGCGUCGUACGCGCCGGCACGCGCCGCCGCCGCGCCGGCGCCCGCCGCACCGGACUACGACGCGGCCAUGGCGGCGUACGGCGAGGCGAUGGCGGCGACGCGCGAGGCGGCCACGCGGCAGCAGCCGCCGCCACAGCAGCAGUACGGCGCGCCCGCGACACAAUACAGCGCGCCCCAAUACGGCGCGCCCGCGCAAGGCCAAGCGCCGCAAUACGGCGCGCAGGGCGGCCUGCCGCCGCCCUGGCAGGUCGUCCACGCGCCGGGCCAGCCGCGGCCGUACUACUACAACCCCGCCACGGGGGUGACGACGUGGGAGCCGCCGCCGCCGCAGCCCUCCUACGCGCCGCCCGCGCAGCCCUACGGCGCCUACGCGCGGCCCUACGGCGCCCCGCCGGCGCAGUCGUACGGCGCAACACAGGCCGCGGCGGCCGCGGCGCAGCCGUACGCCGCCCCGGCUCCAAACCAGUACGGCGCCGCGGGGAUCCGGCCGUCGCCGACGAUGCAGCGCUACGGCGCGGCGGGCAUCGCCCAGGCCGCGGCGCCGCGGCCGACCGUCUCGGCGGACAAGAUCGCCGCCGCGCAGGCCGUGGCGGCGCGCUUCGUCCCCGGUUACCGGCCGCCGGGGCAGGCGGCGGCGCGGCCGGCGCCGGCCGCGGGGGCGCCGGGCCGGGGCCGCGGGGCCACGACGCCCGCCUGGAUGACCCAGGGUACCAAGCCGGCCGCGCCGUCGGCGCUCGCCGGCGGCCGGGGCCGCGGCGCCACGAUGCCCGCGUGGAUGACACAGGGCACCGCGACGGCGGCGCCGGCGCCGGCGCCCGCGCAGGUAUCCGCCGAGGUGACGGCCGCGACGGACGCGCUCUUCGCGUCCCUUGGAGGGGAAUUUGCGGCAUCGGUGGCAGCGCCCGCUUCCGCGGCCGACGACGAGGUGUCGCGCGCGCAGGACGCGGCGCGGCGCAUCAUGGCCGCGCGGUUCGGGCAAUCGUGA